AUGUCCGCUUUUAACGACUCCUAUAACACUUCCAGCUCCAACGACACCUUCGGUCACAACUCUGGCUCUUUCAACAACCCCUCCAGCGGCUUUGGCGGUUCUCACACCGCUGGCCCUCACACCAGCAACGUCGCCAACGAGAUGGACCCUCGUGUCGACAGUGACCGAUCUUCUACCUUUGGUCACUCCUCGACGAACCCCUUGAACAGCACCUCUAGUUCCUACGGCGCCAACAACACUUACGGCUCUUCCUUUGGCGGUUCUCACACCGCUGGCCCGCACACAAGCAACGUCGCCAACGAGAUGGACCCCCGUGUCGACAGCGACCGAUCUUCCACCACCGGCCUUCACAACAGUCACCAGGGUUCCGUCCCCAAUGCUAGUGCCGGUGGCUUUGGCCAUGCUGGAAGCGCCUCUGGCUACGACCGUACCACUGGCCCUGCUUCUUCGACUGCCGGUCCUCACACCAGCAACGUCGCCAACGAAGUCGACCCUCGCGUCGAAAGCAACAUCAGCAGCGGUCGCAACUUCUCUACUCACGACCGAACGACCGGCCCUGCCUCCAACACCGCUGGUCCCCACAGCAGCAACGUCGCUAACGAGGCCGACCCCCGCGUGGACAGCGACCUCGACAGCACCGGCACUCGCAACAACAUCUCUAGCAACAGCCGCACCACCGGUCCCGCCUCUUCUACCGCUGGUCCUCACUCCAGCAACGUUGCCAACGAGGCCGACCCUCGCGUCGACAGCGACCUGAGCAACUCUCGUCACGCCUCCACCCACGACCGAACCACCGGCCCUGCCUCCUCCACCGCAGGCCCUCACUCCAGCAACGUUGCCAACGAGGCUGAUCCCCGCGUGGACAGCGACAUGAACAGUGCCCGCAACAGCAGCGCUGCUACCGGCACCGGCUCUAUCGGCGGCAGGAAGAUCAACCCCAACGAAACCCACAUCAACACCUCCCUUCCCAACGCCCUAGGCCGCGAAGGUAACAUCCGCGGCUCGAUCACCGGCCAGGCCAGCGAGGGUGUCGCCGGCGUGAUCCCCAUUGACGGCGCCGCCGGCCCAACAACCACCAAGAUCUUCGAGCCUCACGCUCACGCCAACGGUGGCGAUCCCGCUCGCUCGGGACCUCACUCCUCCGCCACCGCCAACAAGAUGGAUCCUCUCGUUGACAGCGACCGCGACAACCGUGCUCGCCACGAGGGCAUGGCUAGCAGCAGCUACAACACCCCUGGUAGCAGUCGCGCUUCUGCCACUGCUGGUCCCCAUGACAGCAACGUUGGAAACAAGAUGGACCCUACCGUUGAUUCCGAUAUGGAUGGUUCUCACGCGGGUGCCCAGCGUGUCUAA